AUGAAGCGCCCUGCGAUCGACCAGCUUGUGUACGAGUACAUACUUCCACGGCCGAAGGCGUCCGACCCGCCCAACUUCGCUGGCCUACUUACUCGCUUUCUUGUUUUUGAGGUGCGCCAAGAAGUCCAUUCCUUCUACGGCCACCUGGACACACAGGAAGCCAAGUACCCCGGUCUCGACUACUGCAACUCGAUUCACCGCAUCCGCUUAAGCCGCUGGCCAUGGCAUCGCCGCCUCUUCCGGGCUUUUGACGCUCUGCGUCUCACGCCCUCCGAGAUUGCAAAUCUGACAAAGUGGGAAGGCACCCGCUGGGCCAAGGAGCGCUACGAAAAAGAGCAGAACAUCACCAUUCUCGACACGGCUGCCGACGGGAUGCCCGACUACCGCCACGUCGAGACCAAGAACUGGGUAGACGAGCAACCGUACGGCAUCGACAACUAUAUGACAUUGCUUGCCAGCUCGCACCCGGCCAUGGUGUACGCGAGACGAGAGCAGCAAGCUGACGAAUGCCUGCUCAGCGCACCAGAAACUGACCCCUCGCAUUCACAAGUCGCCAUGCUGCGAGGAGCACUGCCAGCCGUAGCCGGCUUCACCAUAAUCCAGAGUCAUGACCAGGACGAGGACGAGGACGAAAACGUCGACCAGGACGAGGCGAUGAAUGACGUCGAAAGCGGCAACCAGGACGAUAGCGACGACGGUGUCGUCACGCAGAGUAUCGGACUUCGGCUUAAUGAGCGGCUGAGAGAGCGCGUGGCCGCCCAUAACGCGGGCGACACCUCACAACCACUGGACGAGGACUGGGAGCAAUGGCUUAAAAACGCCCUUGAAACUGGAAACCUUAAUAUGGUGGCCCAGCACACCGACCUGCCGUUUGUGCACUCGCGGUACACGGCCCACGCCUCCACAGCACCAAGCACCAGCCCGAACGCGCCCGACACAAGUGCCACUCACGGCAACCAGCUGUCGUACUCCAACAUUGUUCCAUCGGAGAUUCUUGACUCGGCGCGGCAAGGAAAUUGGAGCGAGAUCCCCGAAUUUCUUCACGACGUUUUGCGUCAGACGGUCGAGGCUGAAGCUUACGCGGACGAGAUGCCCGACCGUAUGGAAACCCUGCCCACAGGUACUUCUGCCGACGCCGCCUCCUCGACGUCAUCGGGUAGGGCCCGUGAGAGAACCACAUCGUGGCGUCGGACAUAUUCUGAUUUGCGGCUUCCAGGCCAGUGA